AUGCAGGGCAGGGUGCAUUUCGGCGAGCCGUUGGAGCGGGCUUGUCGGACUACAAAAAAACUGGCUAGUCCAGAAAAAGGCCGACAGGACCUCAACCUCCGCUGCUGCCAAACGGUGCGCUUGGGAGUGGUCUCUCCCCCCGCCGCACCCCGCCCCGCGCCAAAGCGACCCUCGUCCCACGAAGAAAACGACCACGGUCCCACGGAGAAGCGACCCUC